CAUGCUGCCCGUCGAGGACAUGGCUGCUCCUGCAUCCCAACACCCAGUCGUGCCGGCGAUUCGAUUGAGCCCGGAGGGGGACAUCGGUCCCACCGGAUCGGGCUCGGGGAGUGACGCAGAUUCACACCAUCGAUUCCUUUACGCCUGGCGUUUUCUGUCCCUCCAUCUCCUUCAUUACCUUUAUGCAUUCUUAUCAAUCGGAUUCCACGUCUUCUUUCGCGAGAGGCUCUGCUACCAUGGCGACCUGGCGCCAAACGAGUACUCGGCCACAUGGAGCGAGGCCCUCCAAGUUGUCGUGCGGUUCUGGAAGCUUGCAGGCUUUGCAUCAGCGAUCCUUUCUUGAGGAUGUCUUACGUUGCUCCAAAUCGAGCCCAUCGUAAACAACUCUGUUGCACGCGUGCUGGUCAUAUCCGCGUGCAUAUUUUCGAUGACAAGCCUGAUCUCGUGCGCGAUGUAUCUCACAUUCACGGAUGCAAUAUCGUCUCCUCGGACGGCGAGGCGGUGGGUCGAGGCAUCGCACGCCAGCUCUCCUCUACACAUCCAGGAUACCGAGUUCUGGCCUGCGGUAGCGUUGCCGGUGUCAUCGUCUGCCUGGUUAGUGGUCUUGCUCUUCGCGCUCUCUCGGGCUGACUCUCGUGACAGGUCGUUCAUCAUCUUCAUGCUUGCAUUGUUUACUGUGGCGUGGAGCAAUGAAGCGCCAGGCGUACUUCAACAUUUGACAUCAACUACAGUUAUCGCCACAACACCGGCGCUCCUUUCAUCCGCCGUAUCCGCUGCACAGGUCUGGAGGGCCAUACACAGUCUGGUCCUUGUGAAGUA